GCCCAAAGAACGUGGUGCAUUUGAAAAUGUUAUUUCCACAGGCACGUGUGUUGUUUGACUUUUUUGGAAGCUCAACAAGUCAGUGAAGAUGACACGGGUGUGACUUUGACUGCUUGCCUUUUCAGGCUUUUGUCCUUGUAAAUUUCCUUCAAGCCUUCACCAUCAGUACUGUAAGCUCCGCCUACGAGGCCUACAGUAGCAGGUUAUUCCCUGUUUUGUUUGAAAUGCACUCGUGCAGGGAAACCCAUAUCCAGCAGGAAUGCAAACGAACUGUACUAGAGUAUUGAAGGACAUCGUUCUGUCUCGGUGCAGUACUACAGAGAAGUGUUUCAGCGUGUGUUAUCCAGCCGGCCAAGUCAUUUUGGCCUCUUCGGAAUCUAGGAAUUUGUAUGCCUUCAAGGACGACGAACAAUUGUGUGUAGCACAACUACCGGCAUGCGUCACAUCGUUAUCGUUGGUGCGUGUUUCCUGCCAGGUCUCUGGCACCAAUGAAGAGUGCCCGUUCGUCGUGUGCAGCACGUCAUGCGGCGGAAUCUGGCUCAUACCGCUGACAGAGCUGCUAGACCGGCCCGUCACUGCAUCAUCAUCAUCAUGUCAGCCUGGUGGUCGGAAACGUUCACGUCUUUCGCCAGCCAUCGAACCUGUCCAGAAGAGGACCAAAGCUGAUGCCAGUCAACACGAGCUGUUGCCCACGCAUGUCGACCAAGGAGUUGAGAAUGUGCCGGCAGAUCAACGCAGCCAAUCUGCUGGCCGUGCUCUGUUGCAAGUUGACAAUGAGUCAGUUUUCUCCAGCCUACUCAAGCAGGGCACUGGCAGUGGAAAGCAUGGCAAAGCGGCCACUGCCACCACCACCGCCUGCACCACCGGUAGCAGUGGCGGCAACUCUGUGACGACGGCAUUGCCAAACUUCUGGGAUGCGACCAGUCGAGUGUGUGACGUUUCAUUGCGCUAUCGGUCAGCCAUUGUGCCAGAUUCUUGCGUGGUGUCUGCGACACCUACAGCACUGAUGAUCGCGUCGCAUCCUCCCGACUGCACCAGUAUACUUGAAGUAUACCCAGUCCAGUGUUGCUCUGACGGGCAAGUUUCCAUAGGACGUGCUACGAGGGUAUCAGCUGCAUUUCCAUUGAAUGUGAAUCGCAUUAUUCCUAUAGUGUUGACUCGGUCACCACUUUGCUGUGGCUGGCCUGUAUCACAAGACAUGUUGGACUAUCUGGUGGAUGAUGGAAGCCAGGGGUCUGCUGACAAUGAUGCACUUCUCGUUGUCACGGACGAUGGAGGUGUUCACCGUGUAUUGCCGGGUCAAUGCAGUGCUACUGGUAAUAUGACUAGCUCUCCGCUGCACAACAGUUUACUCCUGCAGUGCGUUGCACCCGUAAUUGACAUCUUUCCCGUAUGCAUUACCAGUAGCAAUAAGGAUAGGUCAGCCAACGGCUUGGUGGCUGUUUCCAAGUCGGGGCAAGUCAGUCUGUGGUGUGUCGCGCGCGUUGGCUUGGUCUUGCGCCAAUUUGAGUUCCAGGACCACGUGCCAGCGCCCGUUUGUUGCUGCUGCAUCUUGCAGAGUCCAUCUGGAAAUGGCACGGAGCUACAAGAUGUGCUCGUGUGUGCGGGACCGUCUGCUGUGACGUUUGCACGCCUGCCGUCGAUAGAGCAGCUUGUCAAGUCUUCUCCCAGCACGGUGCUGAAGAAGUGUCUACUUGCCACUGCUGACGUGUGCCACACCUGGUCAUUGAGGACAAAUGCAUGCUUGUGCCGUACGCGUAGUGGCUCUGUCAUUGAGCUCACCUGUCCAACACUAGGAGCAACCAGCACUGGAUCACUCAGCGGAGGCAGCCUUCGCACGUCUGACACAAUGAAAGACGUGCUAGCAAAGCUGCGCGCCAUCUCUGAUCGGAUUGUAGCUCUGCAGGAAGAUGAGAGUACAGUGGACCGAUUACUGGCUGCUGUGAACCACGCAUUGCACAAUCUCAAAUCACUGCAGAGCACGGGUUUUGGCGAACAGAAUUCCCGUGGCAAGCACCGGGCACUUAGUGUCAGUGCGAGUGCAGUACUUGGCGUGGAGAGCAAUGGUCUUCGGGCGAGUCAUGUUGAAUGCAGUGUUGAGAAUUGCACAAGUCACAUGCUGCCAUGCGCGUACAGUGUACAUGCCAGCGUGACCUAUUCAUCAGCUGGCUGCCAGCAAGUGCUGCCUUCCUGGUCUGUAGCUGUUCCUCUAGCCGAUCUUGCUGCCCAAGCUGUUCGCUGGUUUCAAGUUCCACUGCUGUCGCAACACCUCUCCUGCUGUACUGUAUCAGUGAGCUUCUAUUUGGUUGUGGAUAUCAGCCAGCUACUGGCUAGUGCCAUGUCAACCAACUCACCUACAUCUGCAGCAAUCGGUACUGAGUCUGAUUGUGUUGUCACACUGAUACACACCGAGCAGUUGAACAUAUUGUCGUUCUGCAAAGCUUCUUCGCCUGACGACAUCCCUGCGCCCAAGGAGCCGCAGCAGAGUAUUCUGCUGCCCGUGCAGAUGAUGAGCGACAUUGCUAGGCACAGCCGCCACUCCACACAUGCAGCGGGCCAGCGACAAGCAAGCAACCAAGAAGCAAGCCACCUUCACCUGCACUCUAUAUCUCUCCACCAGCCUCUGUCCAGUGCACAAGUCACCAGUACUCUAAGUACCUUGCUGGGUAUGGAGUUUCAACCAUCACAGCGCUAUCUGCUUACAGCUCCCACUGGCUGUAAGUUCUGGUUGGAGCACUCGCAAGUAGCAAUGGACAUGCCUGACCGCCCAGUGGGCUCCGACGACAGUGACAGUGCUGAACAGUGCUCACUGUGCAGUGAGAAGAUCAGCAAUGCUGCUCCUCUCAACAUGGUAUGCAUCUCCAUCUCAGCCCACGACCGCAGUCUGUUAUGCACGCUGCGCAUGGCUCUCUCACAACAUUUCAAGAUGGUUCUUGACGGGGAGGCAAAGUCCUACUGCACAGCUGCAACGGCUGCUCCAGCUAGUGAUCUGAGCAGACGAAUGAAGCCGCUCACUCCAAGGUUACUGGAACUCCGUGAUCGGUUCACCAACCUUCAGGGACUCAUCCUUGACACUGCACGCAGCAAGCAGCAACCCCUGAGUAUUGACCGCCUGAGUAGCACAGUAUGCGAGGAUCUAAGCAGAUUGCGCGAGGACAUGUGGCAUGUGUAUACUGAGCUAGUGAAUCUGCCCAUUAUCCCCUGCAAGGCACGACUUGAAGAGCUGCAAGCCAAGGACAUGCACUCCUGAUAGGACAACCCUGUGGCUUGUUUAGCAAUGGAGAACAUGCCAGCCCCGAAGGGCCCUGCAUCAAAGUGAUGGUGAUUAAUGGACCGCAAAGUUGUGCUACUUGGCCACACGGCUGAAUACAGUAGCGCCUUGUUCGAGUGCACAGAACAGUGGGUGUAGUGCUAGGGAUGCGUAAUGUUU